AUGUCACCAACACCCUCUGAGCACAUAUCUAUCAUACAAUCAACAAAUUCAAAUAUGCCAGUUCUUAAGUUUUAUUUGGAUUUAUAUUAUGAUGACUUCGGCACCUUUAGAAAUACAUAUAAUACUUUAGGACUAGUACCUUUUGGUAGAAAUUUUAGAGAUUUUAUAAAAGUUUUUAUUGAGAAGGCUGGCUAUGGUUAUAGCAGAUUUGCACAGAGGAAUAAUAUCUCAGGUGUAUUACACCACAAUACUAAUUUUGGAUGCCACAGUUAUGAGACAAAGGCUCAGUUAAAUUUUUCUCGCAAAACUGAAGUUAUCAAUUGUUUGAUUCGAACUUGGGGACUUUCUGCAAGAGCCAGUAAAAAUGUUUUUUUAUUAACUAUUAAUAGAUCGCAUGGGUAUUAUCAGCUUCAAAAAAUUUUAGAUAAGGAAUUUAAAGCAUUAAUCAAGGCACUAUUAAAUACAACAAAAAUUAGAUAUUAUCAAAAUGUUUCUUAUUCAAUAAUAGAGCCUAAUAGUAAUUAUCAGGACAUAAGAUUUAAUAUUGGUGAAGCAGUUGAAGCUACUCUUUCUAAUGAUAAGCAACCUGUGUUCAGAAUGGUCAAAGGAAUAAUUGAACAUUGA